UGCGCCUCCUUCCACUGUUCUUGUAGCAUAGGAUACCCAAGAGAGACAAAAAAAGCAACAAAGAAAAAAACCUCUGCUGGCAAUGGCCCAUUGAAUGUCAGUCUCUACUGCUUUUUGCUGUCCCACCAUUUUCUUUUUCGUUCUUUCUUUCUUUCUUUCUUUCCAUUGCUCUCUAGCACUGUGUUUGGUUGUCUUCCUGUCCCUUUCUUUCCCUUUCUCCUUCUUUUUUCUCACACAGUCAAAACACGCAAGGAGAGCUCUCAUAAUGGCGAGACCCCUCUUCUGAGAACCUCAAUGGGGGAUGAGAUUUAGAGGGUUUUUCUUUAUUGUCCUGAUGGAAAUGGACUGCAGUUCUUUGACUGAGUCUGGUGGGUCUACCACUUCCUCCCCUCCCAUUUCAUCGGCUGAAUCACUCAAUGGCCUUAAGUUUGGCCACAAAAUUUACUUUGAAGAUGUGGGUAUUGGAGAGCUUCCCAAAUCAGGCGGUGGGUCUUUCUCAUCUUCUGCUGUUAUUGCAUCAACACCCACCAAGAAACCUAGAGGGGGAGGGGUUGUUCAAGCGGCUCAGCCCCCUAGGUGUCAGGUUGAAGGGUGUAAAGUAGAUCUAAGUGAUGCUAAGGCUUACUAUUCCAGACACAAGGUUUGUACUAUGCACUCCAAAUCCCCCAAGGUCAUUGUUGCUGGUAUUGAGCAAAGGUUUUGCCAGCAGUGUAGCAGAUUUCAUCAGCUUCCCGAGUUUGAUCAAGGAAAACGUAGCUGUCGCAGGCGUUUGGCUGGUCAUAACGAGCGCCGUAGGAAGCCUCCACCUGGUUCACUAUUGUCCACUCGUUAUGGUCGCUUCUCUUCAUCAAUCCUUGAAAACAGCAGCAGAGUUGGAAGCUUUCUAAUGGACUUCAGUGCAUACCCAAAGCUAACAGGAAAAACAUCUGAACGGGUGCCGGGAAGCCAAAACAUCACUGCCAUGGGGAGCUACAUUCCCUAUCCUUGGCAGAGCAACUCCGAGAACAGCCCACCUGAACUCUUCCUGCCAGUUUCUGCAGGUCCUGGAAAUGAAGUUACCGACUCCUCCUGUGCUCUCUCUCUUCUGUCAAACCAAACAUCGGCUCUAGAUGUAAAUGCGUUAUUGAAUGCUGAAGGCGCACUCGUGGCUCAAACAGCAACAGCUCAUGCUGCUGCUGCCGACCACUUCUCGACCGUGUCGUGGGGCUUCAAGGGGAAUGAGGCUGCUGCCAGUAGCAGCAGCUCCCUGGACCUGCCAUCUGAUCUGGGAUUGAAUCAUCAUGGUCUUACCAGUGAUGUCCAGUUUGUUUCUCAUCAAGGUAGGAGGCCAUACAUGGAACUCGGGCAUUCGGGUGCGUUCGACUCCGCCACGCAGCAUCAGCUGCAUUGGUCGCUUUGAUCAUCCUUUAAGUAGUAGGGUUUGAAUAAUUGGGUUCAGUUCAGACAUUCCUACCCCAGUUGGGUUUAUCCAAAGACUAAGGUUCCUUUGAGUUUGCCAUGAAAUUUUUAAACUUUACCAUGGA